AUGGCCAGUCCGGGGAAGGUUAUCUCUCUCGCUCGCUUUCCCAACACAUACCAUCUGUCCACUGCCUGUGCCUUGGGUGUUCUCAAUCAUAUCAACAUGUCUGACAACGAUCCCAAGCCAAGUUCAAUCCCAGCAUGGCAGAGAGCUAAGCCAAACGAUGAGUCGCCAUCGCCGAGCUCCGACGAUGCGCCCGCAACUACCACAUCCCGACAAACCCUCCUAGACCAAGCGUCAAAGUUUCUUGAGGACGAAUCAAUCCGUGAUGCUCCAGAGGAUCGCAAAGUCACCUUCCUGGAGUCCAAAGGUCUCAACUCAGAAGACAUUCAACAGGUCCUCGGCGUCUCCCGAAAUGCGGAGGCGAGCUCAACCAACACCGAAGCCAACACAGAAUCUACCGAAUCCCAGCAAGACACUCCGGUGACGGUAUCUACGCCACCACCAGCCGACACAAUGCCGCGACAGCGUCCUGCGCCCGCACCGGCGCCCGCACCCGGACCCAGCACACGCGACGCACCCCCAAUAAUCACCUACCCAGAGUUCCUCUUCGAGCAGAACAAGCGACCACCUCUGGUGACAAUGCAAAACCUGCUGUAUACACUCUACGGCGCAGCCGGACUGGGAGCAAGUCUGUAUGGAGCGAGCGAGUACAUCGUGAAACCUAUGCUGGCAAGUUUAACGAGCGCACGGCACGAGCUAGCCAGCACAGCAGAGGAGAACCUCCAAAAGCUGAAUAGCAAGCUUGAAACGACAGUCUCUGUCAUUCCACCGCAGCUAACAGCGCGAAAGCCGUACGAGUCGGAUACCGACUCCGUGACCUCUGACCCGACGGAGCUCUUCCAUCGGGAUAUGGCGACGCAGACGAGUCCCGAGACCGCUCUAUCGACUGGCGCUGUGAACACAGCUGAUGAGAGCACGCCAACUAGCAAGGUUGAUGAGCAUGUUAGUCGAUUUGAGUCGAUUACUUCGCAAUUGCGAGAGAUCGUCGAGUCUGAGAAGGAUGCCAGUGCGCUAGAUGAUAAUAUGCGUACUGGGCUUACAGAGUUGCACCAUUAUUGUGAUACUUUGAUCUACAGUGCACCUGCUUACUCUGCUGGAUCGACUUAUGGAGUUUGGAAUUCCAAUAAUGGGGCUAAUGACAACUCUGGGUUGCGGAAGGGGGAGGAUGAGGCAAUUGCUGGGUUCCGUGCCGAUAUUCGGGGUGUCAAGGGUGCCCUGCUGAGUGCGCGAAACUUCCCUGCAAGUCGAGGAGGGAGACUUGGUGGACUUCCGGUUGGGAGACGAUGA